AAUGGGCCGGGAAUAUGCGUCCCCGCUGGCGCAUAUUCCUUUUCUAGGGCUCUAAGGUGGGCGCUAUGGCGGUGGUGUGGGACGAGGCGGCCCUGCGCUUCCGGACGCCCGAUGGCGCCGCGUACCUCAGCUACAGCAAGAAGAAGGACGGAUCGGCGGAUCUGAUCGAUCUGGAGCACACCUAUGUCCCGCCGAGCAAGCGCGGGCAGGGGAUCGCGGCGCAGCUGUGCGAGGCCGCGUUUGAUUGUGCCAGGAAGCAGGGAUUUCGAGUCAUUCCGACUUGUAGCUACAUUUCGGAAACGUUUCUGCCGCGAAAUCCUCAGUGGAGUGAUUUAGUGUUCCAGCAGUCGACGAUGUAAAGGAAAUCGGUCAAGAUCACGAAGAUCUUCGACUGCCUAACGUAAAAGGAAAGAAGGAAUCGCUGUAUGCUUUUUUAUUAACUUGUGGAUUUAAACUUAUCAA